AUGUCUUCUCCAACUGAAUCGAUUAGCGACUUUGACGACGCUGCAUCUACCAAGAAACGACUUCGUGAUCAAUCGGUUGAUCCAGAGGAACCUACCAAGGAACAGGUGGAUACUUCAAGUGUGAGCACGGCUCCAAAGAAGACCAAACAUGAUGACGAGAACACCACCUCUGUACGCACCAUUCGUCAAAACUUGAAGGACAUGUCAACAGCUGACAAUGCUAAUAUCAACACCACCACCACCACCACCACCACUGCUAUGGAGGAUGAACAACAACAACAACAGCAGCAGCAACAUCAACCAGCAUCAUCCACUGUAUCACCCAAUGAUUCCGAUUCCGAGUUAGAUACUGCCAAUGUUGGAUCAUCAUCUGCAACAAGCAAUAAUGGUAGCACCAAUUCAGCCAUGGCACGGUUUGGAGGUUCUUCAAGUGGUGACAAUAACAACGGUUGGGGUGAAUUUGCUGAAGACGACAAUGAAAAACAACCAACGACAACGACGACGACGACAGCAUCAUCGGAUCAAUCGUCAGAAAAGCCAAAGUAUACUUUUGGAGCUACAUCAGGAUUUGGUACAAAAGGAUGGGCCGCAUCACAACAAACAACACCCUCUCCCUUGAGUACAAAUACAACCCAAAAGCAUACAUUUGGUGGGUUUUCUUCAAGGACCUUUGGUGGCAGUGGCACCAGUAGCACUUUUGGUAGCACCAAUGCAGCAACAACAACAACAACAGCAGCAGCAGCCACCACUACAGCAUCUACAGCGACCAGUGGAAAUGAUGCUACAGCUUCUUCCUCCUCCUCGACAUCAACACCUUCCUUUGCUUCCUUUGCUAAUGCAAGCGCUUCUCCUUUCGCUUUGGCAGCUGCAGGUGGCAACACCAAUGCCCUGUCAUCUUUGCCCAAUGUCUUAUCCAAACAACCAUCGGCUGUAUCUGAAAAGAGCGACAAUGAUGAGAAUGCGAGUGAAGCAUCUACGACCGCUGAUCAUCCUACGGAGGAAUCAGAAUCCACAAAAGUAAAAGCCAUAGUCCAGCAAAAAGAAGUGAAAACUGGCGAAGAGGAUGAAAAGACAUUAUACCAAACCAAAGCAAAGUUGUAUGUGAUGGAGCAAUCAACCGGGAAUUGGAAAGAACGAGGAGCUGGUACUAUGCGCAUAAAUACCAAGGAAACUGCAUCUGGCACCCAACAAACACGGAUUGUCAUGCGAGCUGAUACCGUCUUUCGUGUGAUCCUCAAUUUGCCCAUGUUUGAAGGCAUGAAGUUCCUCAUUAUGCAAGACAAAUUCGUUCGCUUUGCUGGUUUUGAGACCGUAGUCAAGGACGAUGGUAAAUCGGAAACCAACCUGGUCAAUUAUGCCCUCAGGGUGGCAAAUCCUAGUAUAGCAGCUGAAUUGCAACAACAAUUGACAGCCUGUGUCCCUCAUUAA